UUUGCUCGACACGUUCGUGGCCACCGCUCGAUCGAUUCCGGGAGAGUGUGUCGGUCUGAUCCUUCAUGCGCUUCCUCCACAGACGCGGGAUUCCACCGUAUUGUGGAACUCUGGUACAGCGACAGACAGUGACCCCGUGACUCUGACCAGCAAUACAGAGAGGCGCUAGAUGUAUUGGGUUGUUGGUCAAAGUUCUCGUCUGGCCGGGAUUCACUGUAUGAUGCGAUGACCAGCACUGGUGGACUUUCCCGCCAUUGGAAACUAGUAGACGUUAGUUUUACGGGUGUCUGUUUGCUCGUGAUUGCUGUACAACUGCUGCUGUUUUCCCGCUCGGACAAUGUGGCCGCUAACAAGAUAUCUGAGAGCAAGAAACCAGACGACAUUCUGACAGAGAAGUGCCACCCGUCGUAUUAUACUCGGCCCAAAUGUCUGAACCACACGGAUGGGUACGGCUGCUCCUGUGGGCCGGGCUUCCACUGGAACACCGAGAUGUGCAUGUCUUCAGCCAUUGAUUCGCGGCUUGAGUUUUCGGCAAAGGACCCGGCCCGCUACACAUUAUUAUUAGAUAAGGCCUUUCCUAAGCUGUCGAAAUUCACCAUUGGACUCUGGAUCCGGCUGAGGAAACACGAAAACGAGUCUGUUGGCACCAUCAUGUCUUACAAACACAGCAAGAAAGGCGAGGUGUUCCGAUUGUACGUCAAUAACUCGGAAGACGACUCGCUGGGAUUCACAGUAUGGGGGACUCCAAUAAAGACGGACAUCAAAUUAGGUCAUAUUUACUGGUCCCAUGUCUUCUGGAUUUGGGAAUCAAAAUACGGAUCCUGGAAAAUUUUGAUUAACAACACCAAAGAGGACGAGGGGUCUCGAACGUCUCUGGCAGCGCCCUUUCCCAGCGAUGGGGAGUUCGUCGUGGGACAGGCCCCCAGGAUGAAGUUCCUGUUCAACACUAAAUACGCAUUCGUAGGCGACAUCGCUCACCUAAAUUUAUGGAACGAAGUUCUGGAUGACCAAACAAUGAGAUCGAUCUUCAGUUCGUGUAUCUUCAUGUAUUGCGGUAAUGGCGUCCAGUGGGCCGACCUAAGGAGCGGGACUAGGGGGCCCAUGAGGAUGAGGUGGCCCUCUACAGUUGUGUCCGUCAUACUAAAGGGAGAUAAACCUUGUAACACAAAGCAGGAGAAGGCCAUAGCGUGCAACAAAUACUGCAGUGACGUCAUAGGAGCUCAAUGUAACUUGGAGACAGUGGAGAACAUCGUCUGGGUGCGCACGCCUGCCGUUACCAAUGCAACCGUGCCUUGUCCAGGGCAGGAAGACAACAAAGCUAGGAACGAAACUUACGAUUCGACCUCAAGAACAUGUUACAGAACUUCAGAAAACGAGGGCAUAUGGGGAAAGCCUUACAUAGAUGAAUGCAUCGCUUACGAUCUUCUAGACAUGAAACAACAGAUUCUAGGGAAGUCCGGAUCCUCGGCCGUGGACGCGGUAUGGAUAAGGAACUUCGCCUCGGACCUACAGAACCACACGGCUUCCAGCGUCUACACUAACCCGAUAGAUGUCGCCACCGUCAUUGAUCUGUUGGAACUGAUCGUUAAUCUCCAGGCCAAGUCAAUUUCCGUCGAUGUCCAAACAUCAGAGAAAGGCUCCAAAGAAUUCAAAAAAGCAACAGUCGAAUCCCUCACACAAGAAGAUGUCCAUGAAUUUAUCCAGAUUUUCUUGGACAUCGUGAACAAUCUGCUAGACUCUAAGCACGACAGCGCCUGGAAGAAGACCAAGCCCCCAGGAGUUGAGGGAAAUAACCUACUUAUCGUGGUAGAGAAGUUCGCGGCAACAGUAGCCGGUAUACUGGAGGAACAGAUAGCGAGGGGAGACCUGGAAGACUUUGACAAACCAAGAGCAGAGGUCCGAGAACACAUAGAAUAUAAACUCGAUAUACAGAUGAAGGACUCCAUAAGAGAGUUCAUGUACCCCGACACUUCCGAUGGCCUCAAGUUUGGCUUGAAUGGAGAGGCCGGGGAGGUCCGAAUGGUUCCUCUGUUUGAUGACGUCAACGGAAACGUGACGAUUUCUUCCGAGUAUAUUAAGAUAUCAGGAUUCCGGUUCAGACACUUAGCAAAAUAUUUACCAAACCACGAGGGCAAAAGCAAGGAAGACAACGUGAAUACCGCCAUUUUGGCUCUGUACGUGCAUGACCUUGAUCACGUGGGUCCCUACAACCUAACCAGUCCCAUCCGCUACCACGCCGCCUACCUGGAUACAUUCAACAUAUCAAAUGCAGAGUGUGUGAGGAUUGAGCAUCAUCAUAAUAACAAAACCAGUGCGGGCCAGUGGCGAUGGGGGACAGACCAGUGCGUGCUCCUCUCAGACACCGGGACAGAGGGGUUCUGUAGCUGCUACCUCCCUGGCGUGUUCGCCCUCACCACAGACAUGUACAACGUUAACUGGGACAGAGGCAUCAAGCGGCCCAUUCUUAUGAACAUAGCGUCGUACGCCGGAUGCGCGUUGACAACCUUAAUGUGCCUUGCCAGCGUCAUCAUUCACAUCAGAUACAAGUCAUCCACCACCACCGCGUCCCUCCACAAGAACCUGGCCGCCUCCGUUGUCCUCGGGCAGAUCGUCUUCAUGGUCGGCAUCGACAAGUACGACUACCCUAUGUUGUGCCACAUUUUCGCCAUUUUGCUGCACUACGCCUUCAUGUCCAACUUCUGCUGGCUGAUGAACGAGGUGUUCAAUCAGUACAUCGUCAUUACGUACGCCGCGCACUCCCACUCUGACCAGCGCGCCGACAACGGCUCCAUGAUCCGAUACUACGUCCUGGGCUGGCUUUUCCCCGGUGUUUUGGUCGGAGCUUUCAUCGGAUCACAAGGAGAAUCUUACUAUGCCAAAGACAUGUGCUGGAUUGCCUGGGACAGUAUCUGGUUGUUCGUAGCCCCGGCCCUGGGACUCCAAGCGGUGUCUGUUAUGGUAUUGAUAUUUGCCACAAAAGAACACAACGAAAAUUCCUACACAAACAGUGAGAAGACCAACAGAGUUAUCAUGAUUCAAAUGCGUGGCUUAUGGAUUCAGAUAAUUUUAAUCACAGUUUCAUGGGCGUUUGCAUUUUUAUCACUGAGAAUGCACGACUCCGUCAUCAAAUACCUGUAUGCCAUGAUGAAUAUUUUACAGGGUGCUUUCGUUCUUGUGUUUUUCGUCUUUUUGCAUGAAGAGAUCCAAGCAGUCCUGAAAUCCAGAAAGACGAGAAAGACACUGAUAGUGUACGACCCAGACAGGGACCAGUCCAUGGACUCGCUAGUCAACGAAGAGGUCAAGGAGUAUUCGGACACGGAGCCCCUGAACAAGAGAUCGGAGAGCCCGGAUGAUACUGUUAAACACAAAACAAGAGACUCCAAGAAGGACAUGUUUAGUUUGGCGGAGGCGUGUGAAAUGGUGACAAGUGUGUGAAAGUAGUGUGCAUGUGUAACCCUCCACCUUGUGAGCUUAGAUAAUAAAGCAUUUUAUACGGUUUUAUAGAUAAUUUAUUUGUAAUUUUUAUCAAUUAUUUAUUUUAUUAUAAAAUGAAUAUUCGUAAAUAUUUUUUUGUUUUCU